AUGUGGCGCCCGUUCAACUACAAUGCAAUCGAUCCAGCCCUAGCAAGACACCUUCUGCGCGCUCUGCUGCGCGAAUGCACCUACCUGCCAGACGCCGCUGCCCGAGCCUACUUCCGCCAACACGUGCUCGCACGCUUUAGGGAACAUCACCCUCCCAGCUCCCGCAGGACAUCUGCAUGGCCGCCAGAAAAGCACAGGUUGGCAGGAUACAGCCAUGACCUACUCCCGCACCGACUGCGCGGCUUGCUUAGGCAAGCCCGCAAAGGCCUGGCUCUGCUGCGGCGCGCCAAUGAAGGGGAGAUGGGGCCUUUGCUGCGCGUCCUAUCCUAUACCUACGGCCGAUCCGGGAAGGCGAGGCAUGAGAUGAUGCGGUCGCUUCUCCUGCCAGAUGUGCCCGCAGACUCGAAUGCUCUGACGGCGCUCCGAGAGCAGGAUCCCCCUGAUGCCUCCGGUUCCAAGCACCGCGUGACAGAUAUCCCCCCAGUCUUCGAACCUCCCAAACUAAAGGACGGUACCAUCCAGUACACGCUGUCGAACCGCUUUUCCAAGCUCAAAGCCCUCCUCGAAUCGCAACGACACCAGAGGUUUACUCGCGAUUCCGCCAACCGCAGUCCCGUCCGCUCCCUCGUGCUCAAGAUACCCCAAACAAACGUGUGGGAAAGGCCCAUGCCGCGCAAAAGAGAGAAGAACAAGGUGAUCGAGUGGUAUGCCCGGCUGCUGGCGAGUGUCUUCCCGCCUCUGCCUGAACACGCUUGGGUGAGGUUGAGGGACUUGGCUUGUGCGUCUACGCCCUGGGAGGGACCUGUAAGCCGCAGGGCGAGACCUGCAUCUGUACCCGACAUACUAGGAGUGCGAGAUCUGGAGAAAUUGGUGAACGUCGAGGACGUGACCUCUGGGACCGAUUAUCUCACGCUAGCAUGCAGGAGAGAGGGUUUAGACGAGACGGGGCCGAGGAAGGGCAGGCUGUUACGGCUUGUAGGCGAUGACAGUAGCCGCUUCACUGCACUGGAUCUCUGGCUAGUAAACGAAGAAGCCAUUGAACAGGCCAAAGAGCAGUUACUGGAAGACAGCAUCGGCAUACGGAAGCUGGACACAAAGAGGAGGACGAGAGACAAGCAUAGGCCAUCGACCCUCACCCACAGGUUCAUGAGGAAGAUGUGGGCGAGAGUGUUUGCACAAUGUCCCCUAAUGAUGUGGGAUCCAGAGCGGGCUCGAUGGAAUAUCCGGUGGGGCACUGUUCCGGGGCUCUUCGACAGUGUAGACACCGCCUCGACCGACGCAGAUCUUUUUGCCGGAGUCAACAAUAUGGGGAAGCUCGAGCAGCCGCUUCGGGAGCCCCAGCAGUCCGCUGUUGAUCCGUGA